AUCGACCCGAGCAACAAGAAGCUGUCCCAGUCUGCUGGCAAUGUUCUUGUGUCAAACCAAUUAUUUUCGAGUGCGUUUGAUUGUUAUUUUGAUGCCAGUAUCCUUACCAGAGCUGGUGAAUCAUUUCAUUUUUUCCUGUGUGGAAGCUUUUGGGCGGCCUGUCACUUUCAGUAGUCGUGGUGUCAUUGCCGUUCAGUCCCAGGUGUUGAAUGAUGAUUUAGUCCAGCUGCAUCGAUAUAAAGUACUGCUUGAUUUGUUGAAAGACACAGUUGUCGUUUGAAGUGUCCUGUGAGGUCUGCUGGUGUUUGUGGAGAUGUGAUGCGUCUAUCCUAGCUGUCAGCACAGUAUUUGGAAAAUGGCGGAGGAAGUCUCUUCCGUGGAGAAAAUAUCGGAGGAAGAACUGUUGGCGAAGCUUGAAGAACAAAACCGACUACUACAACAAGACAGCAAGGUACCUAACCUCCCACAGCGUGUCCCGUCAACAUCAUCGUCUACAUCCAUCUCCACCAGUGACUUCUCGCCGCUCGCACACCACCAGCAGCCGCCGCCACAGCAGCAAGGUCCACAGCCUAAUCGUCCUGUAGCAGCGGCAACAUCGGUGUUAGGAUCCAUCAUUUCAGCAGUCUUGCACCCCGAUGCUGAUAAGACUUCACAAGGUAGUGCAUCUUUGGCGAGUACUCCCGGUGAACCCCCAGAUAUAUACCAGGUAUGGGGUGAGUUGCUCUCGUCUUGGGAAGACACUCAGAAGCGGAAAGGCAAGCAGCUACAGCGUCUAGUGCGUGGUGGUAUUCCUGGUAAACUGCGUGGCUUAGCUUGGCAGCUGUUGUCAGGAGCCAAGAACCACUUGAUAUUACCCAACAGCUAUUUGCAACUGUUAGAGCGCGACUCGCCAUGUGAGAAGCAGAUUCGUCGUGAUCUUGCACGGACAUUCCCCGACCAUGACUUCUUCAAGGAGAAGGACAGUUUGGGCCAGGAAGCACUUUUCAAUGUCAUGAAGGCAUAUUCGCUUCAUGAUCGUGAGGUUGGCUACUGUCAAGGAUCACCGUUCAUUGUAGGCCUUCUUCUCAUGCAGAUGCCUGAAGAAGACGCGUUUGGUGUCUUGGUCAGAAUCAUGCAGGAGUAUCGGCUACGAGAGCUCUUCAAGCCGAGUAUGUCCGAGCUGGGUGUGUGUCUGCAUCAGCUUGACUCACUCCUGCAGGAACAUCUAACAGAGCUGUAUGGUCAUUUUCAGGCACAAGGUUUCCACAGUACUAUGUACGCGUCAUCAUGGUUUCUGACACUCUUCUCCAGUGCCCUCCCUCUGGAGAUUGUGUUCAGAAUAAUGGACUGGUUCUUGUUGGAGGGCAUGGAGGCUGUAUUUCGUAUCAGUAUUGCUCUGCUGCAAGGUGCUCGCGAUGACCUACUCAACCUUGAUAUGGAGGGUAUGGUGAAGUUGCUGCAGAACACGCUGAAGAGCCGGUAUGAACUGGAGGAAGAUCAGGAAGCCCUCUUCAUGCGUGCCUUCGACCUGAAGGUGAACUCAAAGAAAUUAAAGAAAGCGGGUAAAGACUUCCAGAUUCAGCGAGAGCGAGAGACAGAAGAGAGUGUGGAAAACAGGCGGUUGCGUAAUGAGAACCAGAUUCUUCUUCAUCGUAUUGGUAUUCUUGAAGAGGAGACCCAGACCCUUGCACAACGCUUGAUUGAAGGACAAGUAACGCGAGCUAAUGAAGCAGAGGAGGUGUUUACCCUACGUCGGGAAAUGGUUGCUGUUCGCAAGCAACUGGAGAUCUUGACCGAGAGCAGAUCAUCGACUCCCAAUCCUGAAGCUGAUGUAGAACGGUUACGACAGCGUGUGGCCCAGUUGGAGGUGGACAGUCAAGAACUGACACAUCUGCGACGCAGAGAAGCUGAUAUGGCCUCGGCACUUGCAUCGUCACAGGCAAGAAUAGCUGAACUGGCAAGUCAGACUGUUGAGCUGUGCCGGUUACAGCGCCGUGAGGCUGAGCUGGCAGCUGAGGUGUCUGCCCUGCAUGAAGAUGUUGAUAUCCUCCGCGAGCAGCUUUCUGAACGUAGCCGGCAACUUGAUAACUUGGAGCUUGGCUCAAGCCCUGCUGCCGUGCGCUCCGCAGCAAUAGGUAGUAUUGGCAAUGGGCGUGCUGGCAGUCUCUCAGCGGCGUCACCACUCGCUGAGGUGUGCGUCAACGGUGUAGAGGAUGGUGAUGCGGACUGCUAGCCACGUUGCUGACCCCCCUCCACGUGCCACUAUGCUGCUAUGUUACUGCUACUGCUACUGUUCAUGCUGCUACUGCUCAUCACGCUGCUACUGCUCAUCACGCUGCUACUGCUCAUCACGGUGCUACUGCUCAUCACGGUGCUACUGUUCUUGACUGUGCGUACUGUCAGCAUGCUGAAUGGGUCUGUCCUGUUAGCACUGCACUCGGUAGCCACCCACUCACCCACUGGUGACGGUGCUGCAACACCUACCAUCAUCAUCAGACUCACUACUGUCAUCAUCAUCCUCCUCAUCGCCGUUGUUGUUGUUGCUACGGAUGAAGUCACCAAUGGCCGCGUCCUUGCUCACACUGCCCGGGACUGGUGUCAGUAAGUCUAUGCACUGCACAAGGCUCUGCAGCAGCCACUUAGCCGACAGUGAGUGCCUGUGUGUGCUGCGCUGCACAGGGUUGCAGCCUGUCGACCAGAUUGACAGUGCCAGUGCAUGCCGCCAUGCUGUGCUGUGCAGGGCUGCAGCCAACGAGCCGACUGCGCGGUGCUCGCGGCGUGUACUCUGCAGUACAAUUCCAGUCUAGUUUGUAUAUACCCUCAAGUUGAGACGCUAUCUGCCUGCCUGCCUUAGAACCUCAUCAUCCGUCCUCCUCCUCCUCCUCCUCCUCGAUAUCAUCAUGUAGUAGUCAUUGCCAUAUCAAGAGUACUGUCAGAUUACUGUCAGUAUGUCCUACUCACCGGGAGAGUAUUGAAAGCUGGCCAACUAUGCCAUUGUGCUGUGGCAGCUGUUGCCGCCGCCGCCGCUGCCUGCUUGGUAUGACAUGGCACCCUAUCCAGAAACCUCUCUCUCUCUCUCUCUCUCUCUCUCUCUCUCUCUCUCUCUCUCUCUCUCUCUCUCUCUCUCUCUCUCUCUCUCUCUCUCUCUCUCUCUGUCAAGUCUUUGUGGCUAUAUUAUAUACUCUCCUUUACUGCUGGAUACUUUGGUUUUGAACAGGGUAUUCAGGAGAGAAUAUUUAGUAUGCUGCAUGUUGGUGGUCCAAGCAACGAUUCCAGUUUGCCUCUUCUGGCAUUGACCAUUGUCCCAUGCCUGCAGCUAUUUUCAAUCUCUUCUGCUCAUAUUGAGCGUGUGAGUGUGUGUUUGGUGUUUUGUUUUUAUAUUUCCAGUCUAGUUGUCUACUUUCAUAAGUUUUAUCACCGACUGGAGGCAUGUCUUACUGCCGUUCAAAUUAUCUCCACGGUGCUCUUUUUCACUUUCUCAGCUCCCCAACCCCUCAUUUCAAUUCCUAUCUGUGUAUGUGUGUGUGUGGGUGUGUGUGUGUGUGCGUGUGUGUGUGCGUGUGUGUGUGUGUGCACGCGUAUGUGCGUGUUUGUGUGUGCGUAUUGGCGUAUGAUUAUAUGAAACUAACCCCCAAGUGUAGAGGUAUUAAUAUUUUUGUAGUUGUUGUAUGCGGCUAUGUUAUAUCUGCUCGGUGAAGGCGCAGCAUAUGUGCCUUGCCCUAGAUUUGCCUGAUCUAUUUUUUAUGUCUUUAGUAGUCGAAGGUUGAAUGUAUCACCUUCAUGAGCUUCGCGAGCUCCAUGUUGUCUGCCAUUGUUGCCUGCUAUUCACUAUGUAAUGCCUUGUCGCAGUUAUUGCAUGCCUAUGCUGCUGCUACUGCUAUACUGCCGCGCCAUUUCUCUGGUACUUUAUACACAGAAGUAGAGACAGUUGGCGUGGAUGUCUUGCUCUGCUUUCCGCUUGUCUAUAGUAACUGCUGCUGCUGCUGCUAAUCCUGUUUCUGCACAUAGGAAUUACUGUCGUAGUACAAUAGUAUAGUGUUGCCAUGCUGCAUCAUCAUCAUCCUCAUCCACAGCAUUGAUUGUUGACUAUUCUCUCUCUCUCUCCACUCCACCCCUAGUCCUUGUAUAGAUACCUUAGUGCAAGUAUCAUGUCAUUGUAGCCGCCACACUCUCUCCUGUUAGCUGUCAGCUCCUCUGCCUCCUCCACCUUCACCACCACCACCACCAUCGCUGAUGCUAUCUGGCCACAAGCUGUGCAAUGUUCUUCAAGUAUUCUUUUCUACAUAGGCACACUUGCACAUAAUAGUAUUAUCUCUGUGAUGCUUCAGAUUACCAUUGCAGCCCGAUUUACCAUGAGACCAACCUCUUGGACACGUAUUGUAUUUACAAAACUCAAGACGUCUUUCUGUUUUCGUCCAAUACUACUCCAAGUCUA